AUGCUUAUUUCAGGAACACAGUUUGGUUCAAAGGUUCACUACUACCGAUCCAGAGUUAAUAUGAACAUCACCAAACCCCUGAAGGCUUCCAUAUCGAUGAAGAGGAAGAAUGGCGACUUUACCGACGUUGUCAUCAAAUAUGAGAGAAUCCCUUUUUUCUGCUAUUAUUGUGGAAAAAUUGGUCAUGAAGAGAAGAAGUGCAUCAAGAAGUUUGAAGACUCCCAAAGUACAACUUCAGUCUCUCCCAAACGGAAAUGUGACCCUGGGAAUCGAGGAACCCAUGGUGACUGGGGAGAAUCAGUCCCACGGGUUACAAUGAAAAUAUGUAGUUGGAACUGUCAGGGCUUGGGGAGCACCCUGACAGUUCGCUCCCUCCUGAAUCUCUCCCGCUCUGCUAAGCCUGAUGUGAUUUUCCUCAUUGAGACAAAAUGCUAUUUGGAUAAAAUUGAAGGCCUAAGUAAGAAGCUAAAGAUGGAUCACUGUUUCUCAGUUAACUCUAAUGGAGCUUCAGGUGGUUUGGCGCUAUUGUGGCACCAAGGAGUUCACCUCAAAGUCCGUUCUUAUGACGACAGAAUUAUUGAUACAGAGGUGGUUUCUCCCCAGAAUCAAGACUUUUUUCUCACCUGCGUCUACGGCGAUCCAGUUAGAAGCAAUCGGCAAAGGGUGUGGAAUAAGAUAACACCAUUGGGAGCAAAUCGUAAUGAGAAUUGGAUUUGUCUCGGAGAUUUUAAUUCUAUCUUGUCUUGGCAUGAAAAAUCUGGUGGCAACAAGAAGGGUAAUCGGGAUAUGCAAAAUUUCAGAGACAUGAUGAAUUUUUGCAACUUAAUUGAUUUGGGUUCGAAAGGGCCUACUUUUACAUGGUCGAAUAAGCGCUUGGGGGAGGCUAAUACAAGGUUGAGACUCAAUCGGGCUUUGGCAAAUAUAGCUUGGGAGGGCUUCUUUUGA